CUGGCGGCCGAAACGCCCGCAUCGGCGCCGACAUGUGGUUACUGUGACUUUAGUGUAGUGUAGUGUUAGCAGAGUGUAUUAUUAACCCUUAAGUGUUUGACAGGAUUUUACUUGGACCUUUCACGCUUCGCGGCGUCCACAAGAUCUACCAUGUUGAUAAGGUGUUCGGCGGCACUGCGUGUCGUCGCACUCCUCCUGGCUACGCCUGCACUCUCACAGGGCCUCUUCACGUGUCCAAAUGGUUGGGAGUUGAAGGGGUUACAUUGUUACAAAUUUUUCAACAUCAGGCAUUCGUGGGAAAAGGCGGCCGAACUAUGUCGAAGAUACGGCAGCGAAUUGAUGGUUGUAGACAGUUACACGGAAAACAAUAUAACCGCGAGUAUGGUACCAGCUAGUCCAAGUAAUAACCACUACUGGCUCGGUCUCGCCACAGUAGACGACCUAAGAACGAACACUUUGGAAUCGGCGGCCGGUGCCCUGGUGUCACAAUAUGCCGGUUUCUGGGACCUCCGACAACCAAACCCCAAGAACGGAGAAUGUGUCGAUGUCCACGUCUCUUCUGACAGUCAGUCUUGGGAACUCACUACCUGCGAAACCCUCCUGCCGUUUAUGUGCAGAGCUAACGCCUGCCCCGCCGGAACCUUCCAUUGUUCGAACGGAAGAUGCAUAAACGCAGCCUUCAAAUGCGACAAGCAAGACGAUUGUGGUGAUGCUUCCGACGAAAUGGACUGUGCUUCCGAGUGCCACUACUACAUGGCGAGCAGCGGAGAUGUGGUGGAGAGCCCUAACUAUCCUCACAAAUAUCCACCAUUCAGCGAAUGCAAAUGGACCCUCGAAGGACCACAAGGUCAAAAUAUCGUUUUACAGUUCCAAGAUUUUGAAACUGAAAAGUCUUUCGACACUGUUCAAAUCUUAGUGGGUGGCAGGACCGAAGAUAAAUCUGUAAACCUGGCGACGCUCUCAGGCAAACAAGACUUAUCUAGUAAACUUUACGUAUCAGCUUCGAACUUUAUGAUAAUUAAAUUCAGCACAGACGGAUCUGUAGAAAGGAAAGGUUUCCGCGCGGCGUGGAAGACUGAGUCAUCAAACUGCGGUGGCACACUUAGGGCCACACCUCAAGGCCAAGUAUUGACAUCGCCCGGCUAUCCUAACGGCUACCCUGGCGGUCUAGAGUGUAUGUACAUCAUUGAAGCUCAGCCGGGUAGAAUAGUGUCAUUAGAGAUUGAAGAUUUGGAUCUCGGCAUGAACAGAGAUUAUAUCGUUGUCAAGGAUGGUAACACGCCAUCUAGCCCUGUGCUCGCGAGACUUACUGGCCCCGGUGAAGAUAACCAAAAAGUGGUUAUAUCUACAACUAACCAUCUCUACAUGUACUUCCGAACAAGCCUCGGCGAUUCUAAGAAGGGAUUCAACAUGCGAUACUCGCAGGGAUGCAGAGCCACGAUAAUAGCGGCUAACGGAACGUUUACCUCUCCUGCUUAUGGACUCUCCAGCUAUCCAAACAAUCAGGAAUGUUUAUAUAGGAUAAAGAACCCUGAUGGUGGCCCGCUUUCUUUGAAAUUUGACGAAUUUAACAUCCAUCCCUCAGAUGUAGUACAAGUUUUUGAUGGAUCGAGUACAAGUGGAUUAAGAUUGCACUCUGAAAAUGGAUUCACAGUUAAGCCUAGGAUUACACUGACGGCUUCUAGUGGCGAAAUGCUUAUACGAUUUGUGUCUGAUGCAUUGCAUAAUGGAGAAGGCUGGAAGGCGACUUUCUCUGCAGAUUGCCCACCGUUAAAGUCUGGUAUUGGUGCUCUCGCAUCGAACAGGGACACCGCCUUUGGUACUGUAAUAACAUUCUCGUGUCCAAUCGGUCAAGAAUUCGCCACUGGCAAAUCCAGAAUCACCACUAAAUGUAUGGACGGAGGCAAAUGGUCGACCACUUACAUCCCAAGCUGUCAAGAGGUGUACUGCGGGCCCGUGCCACAAAUCGACAACGGUUUCUCAAUUGGUUCCACAAACGUUACAUACCGAGGCGUCGCCACUUACCAGUGUUACGCCGGAUUUGCUUUCCCAACAGGGCAACCUAUUGAGAGAAUUUCUUGUCUAUCCGACGGACGAUGGGAAAGAACACCUACUUGCCUUGCAUCGCAAUGUGUGGCACUACCUGAUGUUCCCCACGCAAAUGUUUCGAUCCUCAACGGAGGUGGACGUAGCUACGGUACUAUCGUACGAUACGAGUGUGAACCUGGUUACGUGCGUUCCGGACAACCAGUGCUACUGUGUAUGAGCAACGGUACAUGGUCUGGGGAAGUGCCAUCCUGCACCAAGUCUAUCUGCCCGAACUUCCCUGAAAUCAAAAACGGAUUUAUUGUUGACCAGUCCAGAGUUUACAUGUACGGUGAUGAAGCUCGUGUGCAAUGCUUCAAAGGUUACAAGCUCAACGGACCAAGCGUACUCAGAUGCGGAACAAAUCAAGAAUUUGACCCGGCACCAACUUGCGACGAUAUCAAUGAAUGUCUUAGCAGCCAGUGUGACACUGCGUCCACGGAAUGCAAGAAUACCCAAGGUGGUUUCUACUGUCCAUGCCGACCUGGCUUCGCCCCUAGUCUGGAUUGUAGGCCAGUAGGCGACUUGGGUCUCAUAAACGGCGCUAUCCCUGAUGAAUCUAUUACCACAUCCACUCCUGAACUUGGAUAUUCUAAAGGGAUGGUGCGUUUGAAUAACGGAGGCGGUUGGUGCGGCAACAACUUAGAAGCCGGAGCUAACUGGGUCCUGAUUGAUUUAAGAGCACCAACCAUUAUUAGAGGAUUCAGAACCAUGAGCGUUAUGCGUGCUGACGGCAAUAUUGCUUUCACAUCAGCGAUCAGGAUUCAAUACAGCAAUGACUUGACCGACGUGUUUAAAGAUUACACGAACCCUGAUGGUACGGCAGUCGAAUUCCGUAUUUUGGAGCCUACUCUAUCUGUUUUAAAUCUGCCAAUGCCUAUUGAAGCGCAAUAUAUCAAGUUCAAAAUUCAAGACUACGUUGGCGCUCCCUGUCUGAAACUGGAAGUUAUGGGAUGUGCCAGACUAGACUGUGCUGAUAUCAACGAAUGUAAUGAGAAUAAUGGCGGAUGUAACCAAAAAUGUAUCAACACACCGGGCAACUACUCGUGUGCCUGCAGUUUGGGUUUUGAGCUUUAUUCUGCCAACGGUACCGCAGGAUUCUCUAUUGAGAGAUCAGAGACUGGUGAGAGAGACGGUGAUACUUACCAAAGAAACAAGACGUGCGUACCAGUCAUGUGCCCGCCCCCUGGUGUUCCGGAGAACGGCAAACUUCUCUCUACCCAGAGCUCUUACCAUUUCGGAGACAAUAUCAAAUAUCAAUGUGACUUCGGUUACGUUAUGUCUGGAUUCCACACAUUCUACUGUACCUCCAGUGGAACGUGGAAUGGAACUGUUCCUGAAUGCCAAUAUGCUCGUUGCGUGACCUUAUCUGAUGACAAAAACGAUGGGCUUAAGGUGAUAAGAGAAGACCCAGAAAGUGUACUGGUGCCAUAUAGAGACAAUGUUACCAUUACUUGUGGUGCUCCCGGUAGACAUUUGAGGAAUACUGUAACAUCGUCAUUCAGACAAUGUGUGUAUGACCCUAAACCGGGUCUGCCCGACUACUGGCUGUCCGGAGCUCAACCUCAAUGCCCAAGAAAAGAUUGCGGUGUGCCAAUGCCUACGCCUGGUGCAGAAUAUGGACAAUACCUCGACACAAGAUACCAAAGCUCUUUCUUCUUCGGUUGCCAGAAUACUUUCAAACUUGCUGGACAGACAAGUAAACACGACAAUGUGGUUAGGUGUCAAGCUAAUGGCAUUUGGGACUUUGGAGAUCUAAGAUGCGAGGGACCUGUAUGUGAAGAUCCAGGUAGACCUGCUGAUGGCUACCAAAUCGCAAGGAGUUACGAACAAGGAUCUGAAGUCUUGUUCGGUUGUUCAAGACCCGGAUACAUUCUUAUAAAUCCACGACCAAUCACUUGUAUGCGUGAACCUGAAUGCAAAGUUAUCAAGCCUCUUGGUCUUGCGUCAGGCAGAAUUCCUGACUCGGCAAUAAAUGCCACAUCAGAAAGACCUAACUACGAAGCAAGAAACAUCAGACUUAAUUCUGUUACUGGUUGGUGUGGCAAACAAGAAGCGUUCACAUACGUCAGUGUAGAUUUGGGAAAAGUAUACAGGGUCAAAGCUAUUCUAGUUAAAGGAGUUGUUACAUCAGAUAUUGUAGGACGACCUACUGAAAUACGAUUUUUCUACAAACAAGCUGAAAAUGAGAACUAUGUUGUUUAUUUCCCCAACUUCAAUCUGACUAUGAGGGAUCCAGGAAACUAUGGUGAAUUAGCAAUGAUUACUUUGCCCAAAUACGUUCAAGCUAGAUUCGUUAUUCUGGGUAUCGUCAGCUUUAUGGACAACGCUUGUCUCAAGUUUGAGUUGAUGGGAUGCGACGAACCGGCAAAUGAGCCGCUUUUGGGUUACGAUUAUGGAUAUUCUCCUUGUGUUGAUAACGAGCCUCCAGUCUUCCAAAAUUGUCCUCAGCAACCAAUAGUCGUACAGACUGACGUAAAUGGUGGCUUGCUACCAGUGAACUUUACUGAACCAACGGCAAUUGACAAUUCGGGUGCUAUAGCCAGACUAGAAGUAACUCCUCAACACUUCAGAACACCUAUCCAAGUAUUCCACAACAUGGUUGUAAGAUAUGUGGCCUUCGACUUUGAUGGCAACGUUGCUAUUUGUGAAGUAAACAUAACUGUUCCGGAUUACACUCCACCGAAACUAAGUUGCCCGCAGAGUUACGUUAUUGAACUAGUGGACAAACAAGACAGUUAUGCCGUAAACUUCAACGAAACAAGGAGAAGAAUCAAUGCUACUGAUGCGUCAGGAGAAGUGUUCUUGAAGUUCAUCCCAGAGAGGGCUGUAAUUCCCAUCCGUGGCUAUGAAAACGUAACAGUCAUCGCAUCAGAUAAAUAUGGAAACAAAGCUCAAUGCCACUUCCAAGUUUCCGUUCAAGCUACACCCUGUGUUGACUGGGAAUUGAUGCCGCCAACCAACGGAGCAUUAAACUGUCUGCCAGGUGAUAGAGGAAUUCAGUGUAUAGCUACUUGCAGUCCAGGCUUCAGAUUCACUGACGGUGAACCCGUUAAGACAUUUGUAUGUGAAACUAAACGACAAUGGGUACCCACUGCUGUAGUACCGGACUGCGUUUCAGAAAAUACUCAACAAGCCGCUUAUCACGUCAUCGCCAGCGUACAAUACCGCGCUCUUGGUGCUGUUUCCAAUGCUUGUUUACCACAAUACAAGGACUUGCUCGCUCAAUAUGAUAACAUUCUCAACGAAAGGCUCUCCCAGCGUUGUUCUGCUGUCAACGUCAACAUCAAUGUUACAUUCGUGAAAGCAAUGCCAAGUCUUCUUGACGAGAAUGUUGUGAAAAUGGACUUCGUUUUAGCAAUCACGCCAGCUAUCAAGCAAACACAGCUCUACGAUCUCUGUGGUUCAACUUUGAAUCUCAUUUUCGAUCUCUCUGUGCCAUACGCUAGCGCUCUUAUUGAACCUGUACUCAACGUUUCGUCUAUUGGCAACCAAUGCCCGCCACUAAGAGCUAUUAAAAGCUCAAUUUCAAGAGGAUUUACUUGCAGUGUCGGCGAAGUACUUAACAUGGACACAAACGACGUCCCAAGAUGCUUACACUGCCCUGCUGGUACAUUUGCGGGAGAAAAACAAAAAACAUGCACGAUGUGCCCACGAGGCUUCUUCCAAAACCAAGCUAGACAAGGUUCAUGCCUGAAAUGCCCACAAGGAACAUUCACAAGAGAAGAAGGCUCCAAAGACAUUACCGAUUGUAUACCCGUGUGUGGAUAUGGUACAUAUUCACCAACCGGAUUAGUGCCUUGUCUUGAGUGUCCAAGAAAUAGUUACACCGCUGAACCACCGGUGGGAGGAUUUAAGGAUUGUCAAGCUUGUCCCGUAAAUACUUAUACUUAUCAACCUGCCGCACCUGGAAGAGAUCGCUGUAGAGCUAAGUGCGCUCCUGGAACUUAUUCGCCUACUGGUUUAGCUCCUUGCUCUCAAUGUCCUAGAAACUUCUAUCAAAAUAUAAUCGGACAAACUGCCUGUAUGGAAUGCCCGACAAAUAUGAAGACUGUAGGAACAGGCGCUACGGGAUUAGAAGAAUGUCUGCCUGUGGAAUGUUCAAACAGUGCAUGUCAACACGGAGGUCUAUGCGUACCUAAAGGACAUGGCGUUCAGUGUUACUGCCCAGCAGGAUUCUCCGGACGCAGAUGUGAAAUCGACAUCGAUGAAUGCUCAAGCCAACCUUGUUACAACGGCGGCACUUGUACCGAUCUGCCUCAAGGAUACAGAUGUACAUGCCCACCUGGCUAUGGAGGUAUUAACUGCCAAGAAGAAAAAUCGGACUGCAGAAACGAUACUUGCCCUGAACGAGCCAUGUGCAAAGACGAACCUGGAUAUAAUAAUUACACAUGCUUGUGUAGAGCCGGUUAUACUGGCAUAGAUUGCGAUGUUACGAUUGAUCCAUGUUCUGCUAACGGAAACCCUUGCACAAAUGGCGCCUCAUGUAUUGCUCUCCAACAAGGACGCUACAAAUGCGAGUGCUUGCCCGGAUGGGAAGGACAACUUUGUGAAAUCAACACCGACGACUGUAUUGAAAAACCUUGUCUCCUCGACGCUCCUUGUACUGAUCUCGUCAACGACUUUAGUUGUGCCUGCCCACCUGGUUUCACCGGAAAACGCUGCCACGAAAAGAUAGAUUUGUGCUCAAGUGAACCAUGCAAACAUGGUAUCUGCGUCGACAAGCUCUUUGUUCAUCAAUGCAUUUGUGAACCGGGCUGGACUGGUCCGUCUUGCGACAUCAAUAUCAACGAAUGUGUUAUUUCACCUUGCGAAAACGGAGGGCAAUGUAUCGACGGCAUUGAUGAUUUCACAUGCAAUUGUGAGGCUGGAUACACAGGCAAGAGAUGUCAACAUGCCAUCGAUGACUGUUCUUCAGAUCCAUGCCAGAACGGCGCGUCAUGUGUUGAUCAACUAGACGGUUUUAUCUGUAAAUGUCGCCCUGGUUACAUUGGUUUACAAUGUGAAACAGCUAUCGACGAAUGCUUGACUGAACCUUGCAACCCUGCUGGCACUGAAAGAUGUGUCGAUCUCGACAACAAGUACCAAUGUGUCUGCCGCGAAGGGUUUACUGGAGAGAUGUGCGAAACUAACAUCGAUGACUGUGCUUCAAAUCCCUGCUUCAAUGGCGGUACUUGUAAGGAUGAAGUAGGAGGAUACAAAUGCGCGUGCCAAGCAGGAUGGACUGGCCACCGCUGUGAGAGGGAUAUCGGCAACUGUAUGAACAAACCCUGUCAGAACAACGCCAAAUGUAUUGACCUCUUCCAAGAUUUCUUCUGCGUAUGUCCGAGUGGUACAGACGGUAAACAAUGUGAAACUGCUCCUGAGAGGUGUAUCGGUAGUCCUUGCAUGCACGGAGGCAAAUGCCAAGACUUCGGUUCAGGACUCAACUGUACCUGCUCUUUGGAUUACACUGGCAUUGGUUGUCAGUACGAAUUCGACGCUUGCGAAGCUGGACUCUGUCAAAACGGAGCUACUUGCGUUGAUAACGGCGAAGGAUACUCUUGCAUCUGCGCUCCAGGAUUCAAAGGAAAGAACUGCGAUGAAGACAUUAUUGAUUGCAAAGAAAACUCUUGCCCCCCAUCGGCUACUUGCAUUGACCUACCCGGAAGAUUCUAUUGUCAAUGUCCGUUCAACCUUACAGGAGACGACUGUAGAAAGACUAUCAGCGUUGACUACGACCUCUACUUCAGCGACCCAUUGCGUUCUAGCGCUGCUCAAGUGGUUCCAUUCGACUCUGGAUCAACUGACAGUUUCACUAUUGCUAUGUGGGUGCAAUACACACAACAGGACGAAGGCGGCAUUUUCUUCACGGCUUACAGCGUCAGUAACUCUCACAUCGCUCUGAACCGAAGAACCAUCAUCCAAGCUCAUUCGAAUGGUGUCCAAGUAUCUUUAUUCCCUGAACUACAAGACGUGUACCUGAGCUUCGGCGAAUUCGCUACAGUCAACGAUGGGCAAUGGCACCAUGUAGCGUUAGUCUGGGACGGUAAUAACGGCGGUGAAUUAACUCUCAUUACUGAAGGAUUGAUUGCUAGUAAGAUUGAUGGAUAUGGCAGCGGACGAACACUACCAAAAUAUGUUUGGGUAUCAUUAGGAAAGCCUCAAUCGGACAAUCCAAAGGCAUACACAGAAUCAGGCUUCCAAGGACACCUAACUAAAGUACAAAUAUGGAAUCGCGCUCUCGACGUCACUAACGAAAUUCAGAAACAAGUCCGUGACUGCAGAACUGAGCCGGUCCUUUACAGCGGCUUGGUUCUUAACUGGGCUGGGUAUGAAGAUGUUGUUGGUGGAGUAGAAAGGAUAGUUCCAUCCCACUGUGGCCAGAGAAUCUGCCCGAAUGGAUACACUGGUUCCAAAUGCCAGCAAUUACAAGUCGACAAGGAACCGCCUCGAGUUGAUCGUUGCCCUGGCGACCUCUGGGUCAUCGCAAAGAAUGGUUCUUCAAUUGUGAACUGGGACGCACCUGUGUUCAGCGACAACGUUGGAGUUGCGAGAGUGGUGGAAAAAUCUGGGCACAUUCCUGGACAGAACCUCGCUUGGGGCGCAUACGAUAUUGCUUACAUCGCGUACGACGCAGCGGGCAAUGCUGCCACUUGUACUUUCAAAGUUACUGUAUUAUCUGAAUUCUGUCCUCCACUGGCGGAUCCUCUGGGCGGUUACCAAUCCUGCCGAGACUGGGGAGCGGGUGGUCAAUUCAAGGUGUGCGAGAUCGCAUGCCGCGACAACCUGCGCUUCUCACAGCCUGUGCCACCAUUUUACACCUGCGGCGCUGAAGGCUUCUGGAGACCCACAACCGACCCAUCUCUACCUCUUGUUUACCCUGCUUGCUCACCCGCUUCACCAGCGCAAAGAGUGUUCAAGAUAUCAAUGUUGUUCCCGAGUUCAGUGCUCUGCAACGAUGCUGGACAAGCUGUCCUUCGUCAGAAAGUACGCAGCGCGAUCAACCAACUUAACAGGGACUGGAACUUCUGCUCUUAUGCUGUCGAUGGUACUCGAGAGUGCAAAGAACUGGACAUCAACGUAAAGUGCGACCACCGUGCCAAUGUGAGACAGACCAGACAAGUAUCUUCUCCACCCAGCGUCACCACUGAAGACACAUACGUUCUCGACGCUAUCAUACCAGUGGAAGAGACUCGAGGCAGUAGGGAGGGGCGGCAAGCGGGCGACACCUACAGCGUAGAGGUCUCUUUCCCUGCCAUCAACGACCCGGUGAUCCACGGCGGCAACAACGAGAGGUCCACCGUCCAACGAUUGCUGGAGAAGUUGAUUCUCGAAGACGAACAAUUCGACGUGAGGAACAUCCUCCCCAACACCGUGCCAGACCCCGCUAGUUUAGACCUGGUGUCUGACUACGCCUGCCCGAUGGGACAAGUUGUCGUGGCCCCUGACUGCGUGGCGUGCGCGGUGGGCACAUAUCUGGACGCAGCGAGCGACACCUGCAAGCCGUGUCCGGCGGGCUCCUACCAGUCCGAGGCGGGUCAACUACAAUGUACCGCCUGUCCCAACAUCGCCGGGCAGCCGGGAGUCACGCAAGCGCCUGGGGCUAGAAGCGCUGCUGAUUGCAAAGAAAAAUGCGCGGCGGGUAAAUACUACGACGCGGAAGCAGAACUUUGUCGUCCUUGCGGACAUGGGUCAUACCAGCCGCGCGAGGGAGCGUUUUCAUGCGUGGCAUGCCCCCGGGGACAGACCACGCGUGCCACCGAAGCUGUGUCCGCCGCCGAGUGCCGGGAUGACUGUCCAUCAGGCGAACAGCUGGGCAGCGACGGCGGCUGCGAGCCGUGCCCGCGCGGCACGUGGCGCGCCAGCGGCGCGGGCGCGGCCUGCGCCGCCUGCCCGCCCGGCACCACCACGCCGCACGACGGCGCCGCUACCCCCGACCAGUGCUCGCUGCCUGUUUGUAAACCUGGCUCAUACCUGAACGCUACGCUGAACACGUGUGUGCAGUGCAAGAAGGGCACCUACCAGCCUGAAGCUCAACAGAGCACAUGCAUCACUUGCCCGAUCAACACCAGUACCAGGGGACCUGGCGCGACGUCCGAGUCAGAGUGCACGAACCCGUGUGACACCCGUGCGAACCCAGAGAUGCAUUGCGACGUGAACGCAUACUGCUUGCUGAUGACGGAGACCAACGAAUUCAAGUGCCAGUGCAAGCCUGGCUUCAACGGCACGGGGAAAGUUUGUACAGACUUGUGCGACAACUACUGCGACAACGGCGGCGAGUGCAUAAAGGACUCGCGUGGUGAAGUGUCCUGCCGCUGCACGGGCUCCUUCACCGGUAAACACUGCCGAGACAAGAGCGAGUUUGCCUAUAUCGCCAGCGGGGUCGCUGGAGGCGUCAUCUUUAUCAUAUUCCUCGUGCUGCUCGUUUGGAUGAUCUGUGCCAGGUCUACGAAGAAAAAGGAACCAAAGAAGACUUUGACACCCGCUAUCGACCAGAAUGGAUCACAAGUCAACUUCUACUACGGAGCACAUACGCCUUAUGCGGAGUCCAUCGCGCCCUCGCAUCACUCGACUUAUGCGCAUUAUUAUGACGAUGAAGAAGACGGAUGGGAGAUGCCGAACUUCUACAACGAGACGUAUAUGAAGGAGAGUUUACACAACGGGAUGAACGGCAAGAUGAACAGCCUCGCGCGGUCUAACGCGAGCAUCUACGGGACCAAGGAAGAUCUGUACGACCGGCUAAAGAGGCACGCGUACCCGGGUAAGAAAGAUAAGAGCGACAGCGAUAGUGAAGGUCAGUAAUCGCAAAGGACUGCGUUUCGUCGUAUUCUGGUCAAACUUACAUAAUAUUAUCGUACUAGUUACAAUUAUCGGUGUAUCCGAACAAUAAUAGUCUAUAUUAUUGUACGGCCACCGCAAUACGUGCACGCCCUUUACCUAUUAUAAAGAAUUACAUUAUUUGUGUUCAAAGGAGUUUCCCAAAGGGCAUGCACUUAUGAGGUCGACAGAACAUCUGUAUGAUAAUGAAUGUCACUUCCUCACAGGGAGCAAGUAUGUUAUUGUAAUUUUGUACUCUGUUAGCUUUAUUAUUAGGUUAGUUUUAUCUAGAAUGUGUAUUAACACACUCACUGUUUAUUCUUUACAGCCCCACCAAAUAUAUUUUUUAAUUGUAUACGUCACAAACAUUCCACGCAAUAGUUUAAUAAAAUGGCAUUAUUAUGAAACAGUGAAUGUGUUGAUGUUCUGCGUUUUCGAUCAUCGAACAAAAUGCUCAAGUAUUUUUAGGCGAACACUGCCAUAUCAGAAAGCAGGGCUUUGGUGAAAUUAUUAUUGACGAAUUUUUCAGUUUUAAUUCGAGGACAUUCCAAUAAAUAUUGUGUAAAUAUAAUGUUAUUAAUAAAUAUUGUAUAUUUAUAGUAGACCUCAGUUUUCGUGGUGAUAGUAUUGAUUUUCUACUAGUGAUUUUUAUCGGUACUUCUAUUGUAUUUUUAUUGAAACAUCAACAAAUAAGUUAAUACUAGAACCACGAAACUAUGUUGAUAAUUAGUAAGUCAACGGUUUGUGUUUUGUAUUAUAAACAGAACUGUAUUUUUAAAUAUUAACACUUGAUUUGAAUGUGUGCGUGACUGACGAGCGAACGAGCGAUGUGUAGAUUUUUAUAUUAUUAGAAAAAUGAAUAAUUACGUAAUGUAUCAUAUCAGUACAUGUAUUAAAACUAUAAGACUUCCAUAUUACGUAAGUAAUAAUUUAUGUCACACGUUAUUUAUAAUUCCUAAACGAUUGUACGCUAAACCAAGUAUUGACGUUGUACUAAUGUAAUAAUCUCAUAAAUGUGUAGUCGUACCUACGAAAUUAUCCAACAAUACUCAUAGUACCGGGUGGCGUAUGUUCCAUCACAAUUUAUUACCACGUUAGUAAUAGUUUUUACAAAAUUUUUAUGAAAUAAUAAAUUUUAAUACGUAUUUUAUAA